AUGAUUAGUUCCAUUAUUGAGCAUUUAUUUUAGACUUUCUUGACUCUUAGUAUUCAAGCUAGAAGUAAAGAUUAGGAUGAAGAGUAAGAGGACUUGCAUCUUUACAGCUGGUAAAUUAAAGGUAUCUUCUUAUUCCUGCUGAAGUUAAAAACACAGAAAGUAAUCAAUUGGACUGCAAUGAUCAGGAAAAAGAAAGUGAUAGGGAGGAAAAAUAAAUAAUUCUCUGAUAAUGGCAAUGAAGAGAAGUUUACCCUAAGUCUAGAAUUUGAGCUAAACUAGGAAUACAAACAAGUCUUUGAAAAGUGCUACUCUAGCAAUCGUAGCGUUUGUAUGAGCGGGGGAGUGGGCUCAGCAAUAAACAUUGAUUUUCUCGCUGAAUUUAGUUGUAUUCACCACUCAGAAUUUGGGAACUUAAACUGGGAUCAUUAGCUUACCGUAGCAUUUCACUGCAUAGUAUUGUAGUUGAAACUAGAAAACCUUUGGACGUAUGCAACUUAGAGCAUGAUACCUAGGAUAAUCUUCAUGAUGGAUGAAGUGAAUAAAGUUGACCUAAAUUCAUUUUUUAUCUCAAUCAUCAACGAAAUUCUUAAUUAAUAACCUACCAUUGGAGACCUCAUUAUUCAGGGGCAUAAAAAAUUACUCAAACAAUUCAUUUUUUGGAACCCUAUCCUUUUUGACCAAUUGGGAAGAGUGAAGGAGGAAAUAAGCAAUCCAUUAUUUGGUCUUUAAAAGGAUAUAAUGGUUGCUGAAAUAUAUUAAAACUUUGACUUAGGACCAUUAGUUAUCGAUGAUUUUUUGCAAAUCAUGGAGGGUAUCUUAGCUAGGUUAUCUGCGUAUUCCGCUCCAAUCUUUAAUGAAAUGAAAAUUGAGAAGCAAGGUUUUCCACAUCUAAGUUAGAGGUGGAAGCUUAAUGAGGCAUCAUUUUCAAACAUCAAUGAGUAAUUAAAUAGCUUCUACAAUACAAAACUGAAAGACUACUCCGUGCAAAAUAUCAUUAAUAACUUGAUAGUAUCCUAUUUCGCUUAUAGAUGA